AUGCCGCGCGGCCUCGGCGACUGCGGCGACACCGACGGUCGGGUGUUUGUACAGUUGAGGCGUGUCGUGUUCGCGAGUAGUGCGAGUGGCGCUAGUGUCGCGGGCGUGGGGCGGGGCGGGGCGGGGGCGGGGGCAUGCGGCGCGGGCGUGGGCGGCGGGGCGGCCGCUAGCGGCAUGGCGCGCGCGCUCGCGCUGCACGCCGCGCUGCUCGUGUUGGCGCACCUGCCGCCACCUGGCGCAUGCGACGUGGCGGGCGGGGCGGGAUCAGUGAACUCGCUGCCGGGCGCGGGCAGCGCGCGCCUCGUGCCCACCUUCGACGCGGCCACGCCGCGCAACGUCACCGCGCUCGUCGGCAAGUCCGCCUACCUCAGCUGCCGCGUGCGCAACCUCGGCAACAGAACGGUGUCAUGGAUCCGGCACCGCGAUCUGCACAUCCUGACGGUGGGCGGCUACACGUACACGUCAGACCAGCGCUUCCAGGCGACGCACUCACCGCACACCGACGACUGGACGCUGCAGGUGAAGUGGGCGCAGCAGCGCGACGCCGGCGUCUACGAGUGCCAGGUCUCCACACAGCCCGUGCGCUCCUUCUUCGUCACACUCCACGUCGUCGAUUGUGACGAGAUUUAUCAGAGGAUGUUUUCCGACGCAGUGCCGUCGGCGCGCAUCCUGGGCGGGCCGGACCUGCACGUCGACAUCGGCUCCACCAUCAACCUCACCUGCCUCAUCCAGUUCAGUCCCGAGCCGCCCGCAUACAUAUUCUGGUACCACGAGGACGAGGUGAGCGGACGCAAACAGGUCAUAUCGUACGACUCGUCGCGCGGCGGCGUGUCGGUGGUGACGGAGAAGGGCGCGGCCACGACGUCGUACCUGCUGGUGCAGGACGCGGCACCCGCCGACUCCGGUCGCUACUCCUGCUCGCCUUCCAACGCCGAGGUCGCCUCCGUCAGAGUCCACGUGCUCAACGGCGAGCGGCCGGCGGCGAUGCAGACGGGCUCGGCGGGCCUUUCGGACAGCUGGGGCUGCCUGGCGGUGUUGCUGGCGGCCACAGCGCUGCAUGCCCGCCUGCUGCGCGCCGCACUCGCCAGCUGAUCGCGCGCCCGACCCCGCGCCUGACCCCGCCCCGCGCGCAUCUCACAACCUUGUUGUAUCGUAACUAACGUUACUGGAAACGAAAACUUAGUUAAUU